UGUCCUCUGUUACUGUGUAGGUCAUACGUCAGUGGCUAUUCUCAACAACAACAUUUAUGUUUCUUUUGUUUGGGGCAUGUCAUUCUCUUGUGCUAUGGUUUCGAAUUCACUCGCUGAUACAACAGCCUAUAUUAUAAUGGGUGCAACGAUAGAAUACACUUACAUACGAUUACAAGACUCAUUGUCAGUGAUUUAACACUGGCCUAUGAUACAUGCUGAUAUGACUGCAGGUAUAAGGUAACGCUGUGCCCGACAUGAAUUUGAAAAAUAACUAGGUCACCCGUUUCGGAGAAAUCUACCUCUCCCGGGAAUCUGACACGUGUCCACGUAAUCCUGUACAUGCGCAAACUGUACUUCCUAUUUUGCAGGGAAAAUAUGCAUACUUCAUCAUAUGAAUCUAUAUAUAAUGAUUAUGGUCACGCGUUAUAUUAAGACAAAAUGAAUUGGGAUGGACACGAGGGUUUGUUACCAACAACAUUUCUGUUUGUUGCGUAUGUUUUUCUCCUGAUACACCAAGGUGACACCACAUGCGUGUACAAAACUCGCCGACUCUUGAAGGAUGGCUGUGUGAACUACUGUCCCGAGGACCAAUGUCCCGAGGAAUGUACCUACUGUGACAGCGGCUUCUAUGGGUCUGACUGUACACGGAGCUGCAGAGGACACUGUUUGAAUGGAAGGUGUGCCCUCCUGGCCAAUGGUAGAGCCGUCAACUGUACGGAGGGCUGUGUGGAGGGGUGGCGGGGGUUAACGUGUAGUACCAGAUGUAAGUAUCCUUGUCGGGAGUGUGGGAGAUACACUGGUGAUUGUGUGGGACAAUGCAGGGAUGGUUUCUACGGACCUGGAUGCUUACAGCGAUGUCCAUAUACCUGUUCCCGAUGUGACAAAAAUAGUGGAGUAUGUUUGCCUAACACUUCUGCUGAUGCAGACCUAUCGCCGAUAAAACACAAAAUGACAUUAAGCCUGACAAAUGGUAGUGACAUUAACAAGACUCACAGCAGUCACGUGAACAAGACACACAGCAGUCACAAAGCGGAGUUACAUCAACACUCUGCAAUGACGUCAAGACCCCUUGGUGACAGAUGGUCAAUAUCCCCAUAUUUCCUCACUGGCGUUGCUGUAUUAUCUGCAGUAAUUACUUUCAUUAUCGUCAGCAUCGCCAUCACCAGGAUGAAAGCAACAAGAAUGCAAUCGAAGACGGGAGCAGUUGAGAAGCGUGAAGAGUCUAAUCGGCUCCUCAAUGAGAAAGUCAACGUUAUUAUAAGUAAUGUAUUUUCGUGAAUCUGUAUUAACUGACAUAGGAUGAAACAGACACAUACGCGAGUACAAUAUCGUGCACCAAAAGUGUAUUGAAAGUCAGUAGGGCGUGACAGGUUUUAAAUAACUGCUUUCAAAAAGUUAAAUGUUCAAUAAUAACUUGCUUCUAAAAAUGGAAGUAAAAAUGUAUUUCAAUGAUUUAACAACUACUCAAAGACUUUUGAAAAACUGUGGAAAACUACCACUAGGUGAAGUUCUUUCAUUCACAAGGGAGCAAGUGAUCCUCAAACGUAUCAAUAACCAUUAAAACAUGUGACCCACCAGGAGAAAAGGGACCUUAUGGGUGCUAGGAUACAAGUGUGCAGUGACGUCAUAAAGAAAGACGGGAUACGAUUAGGAUACGAUGACAUGCAUCAACCAAGACAGCGAGCCUGACCACCCGAUACCGUUAGUCGCCUCUUAAGACAUACGUGUGCGCAGCCUGAAAAGGCUACGCUAGGUAAUUACGCAGUGUUGUUAGAAUAUUGGAUUUUUGAAAUUCGUCAUGCCUAUUUUUACGUCAAGGAGUAGAAUGACCGGAUAUUUAUAUUUAAAGUCAGGAGAAAGGGUAGAGUUGCCUCCCUUUUAUGAUACCAGCUAACAAAGAAAGUAAUGCGAAUGAAUAAUGUUUAGAAUGUGUUGUUGAAGAUGGUGUAAUACGUCAUCGUUUAUUGACAACACAAUUUAAAUAUUAAUUGAUCUCCAUAUAACGGGUUAUUUUUCUUUAAUUAUUUUACUGAAACAGUACAUCAUAAUUUGUCUAAACCUUUCUGUCAGUUGACUUUGAUUUAAGAAACUGAUGAGAGUUAAAUUAAAGGCUAAGGCAGUUUAACAUUUCCGUUUGUUGACAUUCGCUGCGGUUUGUUUUCUUUGGUUGAAAAUACAUAAUGCUAUUGAACAGUAAAUGACAAAACAGUAUACAGUCUCCUAGAAGAUGUAUUUUGGGGUUUGUUUUUAUAUUCUAGACAUGUAAAUUCUGUAGAACUAGAGAUAAAGAUAUAAAGGUAGGCAAAGCAUUCUUCAACAAUCGAUACCUGUGCUGUGUGUGACAGAUUCCUUUGUUUGAAGAGUUUAUUGAUGAAUGCCCCGGCGGUGGCCCGAGUUCGAGUAGGUCAUUGAAUCAUCCAACUGAUCAUAAGAGGCGAGUAAAUUGCUUCGGGUGGUUACGCUUGGUGAUAUCUUAUCAUAGUACCUGUCAUUCUGAAUGUCUCUCCUGUUGUUGAUUAUCAUUCUUUGAAUAUAUGCGUCCACAAUGUUGGAUUUUCCGGAACCUGGCUUAUCCAGACUAAAACAAAACGUAGCACUGAAGAAGCAUUUUUUAGGCACAAGAGGUCCCAGUUGCUCUGCCGCCAAGAUAAUAAACG